AAAAAUAGCGCGGGAAGUUGCAGACAACACAGGUACAUUGAUGGCAGGAAACAUCUGUAACUCCACCAUUUACAAAAAAGGAGAUGAAAAGACAACACAGGAUACUAGAGAAAUGUUUAAGGAACAAAUAGAAUGGGCGGUGGAAGGACAUGGAGAUUUCAUCGUUGCUGAGACAUUUGGUGAAUUUGGAGAAGCUAUGCUUGCUUUGAAAUGCAUCAAACAAUAUGGAAAAGGAUUACCUUCUGUGAUCACGUUGUCGGUCCCUCUGACGACAGUAAUGAUUGACGGGAUACCUGUGGACGAGGCCUGUAGACGAUUGGAGGAGGCCGGUGCUGGCGUAGUGGGUUUUAAUUGUGGGCGGGGUCCAGAAACAAUGAUUGAGCCGCUGACACUUAUUCAAAAGGCUUGUAAAGGACCAAUCGCAGCGUUGCCUGUUUCUUACAGAACCAAUCAGAAUCAAGUGACGUUCUUCUCUUUGACAGUGCCAGGAACAGAGAAAAUGGCAUUUCCACUGGAUCUUUCUUCUUGUUAUUGUACUCGCGAGGAAAUUCGGAAGUUUGCGGAACAGUGCAAGGCCUUAGGUGUCCAAUAUGUUGGAUUGUGUUGUAGGAACGCCCCCACUUUCUCCGGGACCUUGAAAGCUAUCGAGCAGUUCUUCCCUGUUAAUCACUCUGGCUUUGUUUGUGAAAAUUUAUCAUCUUGGUGCAAAUAUUCCAAAUCUAGAAUCUAUCAAUACUAA